GACCGUUGGAACCAAUUUUUUAUAAGAGAACCACCACCUCUGCGACCUGUCCCCACAACGCUCUCUCAUUUGUCUCUCACAAUCUCUCUUUCUUUCGUUUCGAUUUCAAAAUCCGAAAAUGCGUGAAAUCCUUCAUAUUCAAGGAGGCCAGUGUGGGAACCAGAUCGGUUCCAAAUUCUGGGAGGUAGUGUGUGCGGAGCACGGGAUUGAUCCCACCGGGAGGUACCAUGGAGACACAGAUCUUCAACUUGAGAGGCUCAAUGUGUAUUACAAUGAAGCCAGCAAUGGAAGGUUUGUACCCAGGGCUGUUCUUAUGGAUCUUGAACCUGGCACCAUGGACAGCAUCAGGACUGGUCCUUACGGGCAGAUUUUCAGGCCUGAUAACUUUGUCUUCGGCCAAUCAGGCGCCGGAAACAACUGGGCGAAAGGGCAUUACACUGAAGGUGCGGAGUUGAUCGAUGCCGUGCUCGAUGUUGUUCGUAAAGAAGCCGAGAAUUGUGAUUGUUUGCAAGGGUUUCAGGUGUGUCAUUCCUUGGGUGGAGGAACGGGAUCGGGAAUGGGAACCCUCUUGAUAUCGAAGAUCAGAGAGGAAUACCCAGAUAGAAUGAUGCUUACAUUCUCGGUCUUCCCUUCUCCAAAGGUCUCUGAUACCGUGGUGGAGCCUUACAACGCCACUCUCUCUGUCCAUCAGCUUGUUGAAAAUGCAGAUGAGUGUAUGGUCCUUGACAAUGAGGCACUCUAUGACAUUUGCUUCCGCACCUUGAAACUCACCACUCCAAGCUUUGGAGAUUUGAACCAUCUUAUUUCUGCUACAAUGUCUGGUGUCACAUGCUGCUUGAGAUUUCCUGGUCAGCUCAACUCAGAUCUCCGAAAGCUCGCGGUUAAUCUAAUCCCCUUCCCCAGGCUUCACUUUUUCAUGGUGGGUUUUGCUCCUCUCACUUCCCGUGGCUCGCAGCAGUACAGAGCGUUGACAGUGCCAGAGCUCACUCAGCAAAUGUGGGAUGCCAAGAACAUGAUGUGCGCAGCUGACCCGCGUCACGGUCGUUACUUGACUGCCUCGGCCAUGUUCAGGGGCAAAAUGAGCACCAAGGAAGUGGAUGAGCAGAUACUCAGUGUUCAAAACAAGAACUCAUCCUACUUUGUGGAAUGGAUUCCCAAUAAUGUUAAGUCCACUGUCUGUGAUAUUCCUCCAACGGGCCUGAAGAUGGCUUCUACCUUCAUUGGAAACUCAACAUCAAUUCAGGAAAUGUUCAGGCGUGUGAGUGAGCAGUUUACUGCCAUGUUCAGGAGGAAGGCUUUCUUGCAUUGGUAUACAGGAGAAGGUAUGGAUGAGAUGGAAUUCACAGAGGCAGAAAGCAACAUGAAUGAUCUUGUUUCAGAGUACCAGCAAUACCAAGAUGCCACAGCUGAUGAAGAGGAGUAUGAGGAUGAAGAGGAGGAACUCCAAGACAUGUGAUGUUGUCCAUGAGAGUUGGACGUAACAGUGCUACAACUUCUGGUUGCCAGUCUCUUGCAAGACUUAAUUUCAUUAGAUGCUGGUUUGGGGCAACGAAAAAACAAAUAGCUUUAGAUAUAUAAAAUCUAGCAUCUUUCUCCUUCCCCCUUUAAAUUUCGAUCUGCAGAGCUGCUCUUAUUGUUUUCCCUCCAUUGUAUUACAGUUUGUACAAGUUGUGAGCUGAGCAAGCAGUUAAUGAAUUAUCUGUCUUUUCCGCUGGAGUAA